AUGAAGUCACAACUCUCAAAUGUUGAAGUAGAGCCAGUGCCAAUUGAGGAAGAUGAAUUGUUAAAUAGGAAAGUUAUGAGUGCUGAUGUGAAAGAAAAUGUAAUAGACGAAAAUGAAAAUAUUCUUCCAAAGACAUCAACUGCAAGGCUAGAAGAAUUACAAGACAAGGCAGAUGAUGUCCAACUAGUUCCAUCAAAUAACUAUGAUACUGGUUUAAUUAAGGAAUUAUUUUGCACGGCUGAACAAAUAAAAAAAUUUGUUCAUCAUGGACCCAUUGCUCACCCAACAAAAUUUCCAAAAGAUGCAUUGCCUAAAUCAUUUCCACGCACGUUAUUUCACAUUGCCAUGCCAAAUGGCGAAAAAAUUCCACGAGAUUGGCUAACGUGGAGUGAGACGAAGAAUGCACUUUACUGUUUUCCCUGCCGACUUUUCUCUAAAAUGCCAGAAGCCCAUCGAUCGGCAUUAUCUCUGCCAACAGAAUAUUCCAAGCCCAACGACAAUAAAUGA